GGUAGGCGGUUUGUAUCCGGGCUGUGAGGUGUUGGGAGCCUCAGCGGACCUUGCUGCCUCUGUCUCUUUAACGCGAAAGGAAGCGAUGCGGAGGGGUGGAAAAUGGCAGAGCUGCAGAUGUUACUAGAGGAGGAGAUCCCGUCUGGCAAGAGGGCGCUGAUAGAGAGUUACCAGAACCUGACCCGGGUGGCGGACUACUGUGAAAACAACUACAUACAGGCUACAGACAAGAGAAAAGCUUUAGAAGAGACCAAAGCCUACACAACUCAAUCUCUAGCUAGUGUUGCUUAUCAAAUAAAUGCAUUGGCCAACAAUGUACUCCAGUUGCUGGACAUCCAGGCCUCUCAGCUUCGGAGAAUGGAGUCUUCCAUCAAUCAUAUCUCACAGACCGUGGAUAUUCAUAAAGAGAAAGUGGCUCGAAGAGAGAUUGGUAUUUUGACAACAAAUAAGAAUACAUCAAGAACUCACAAAAUAAUAGCACCUGCAAACAUGGAACGCCCUGUAAGGUAUAUUCGGAAACCUAUCGACUACACAGUUCUGGAUGAUGUGGGCCAUGGUGUCAAGUGGCUAAAAGCCAAGCAUGGAAAUAACCAGCCUGCAAGAACUGGCACACUGUCGAGAACAAAUCCUCCUACUCAGAAACCACCAAGUCCUCCCAUGUCAGGCCGGGGAACAUUGGGACGGAAUACACCUUAUAAAACCCUGGAACCUGUUAAACCCCCAACAGUUCCUAAUGACUACAUGACGAGUCCUGCUCGGCUUGGAAGUCAGCAUAGUCCAGGCAGAACAGCUUCUUUAAAUCAGAGACCAAGGACACACAGUGGAAGUAGUGGAGGAAGUGGAAGUCGAGAAAACAGUGGAAGCAGUAGUAUUGGCAUUCCCAUUGCUGUGCCUACACCUUCACCACCCACUAUUGGACCAGAAAAUAUUUCUGUCCCUUCUCCUUCUGGAGCUCCACCAGCACCACCUCUGCCAUCACUUCUCCCAGUGAUCACUGUGAUAGCAGCCCCGGGCUCAGCUCCUGGUUCCCAGUAUGGCACAAUGACCAGGCAGAUUUCUCGGCACAACUCUACUACUUCUUCAACAUCUUCUGGUGGAUACAGACGAACUCCCUCUGUGACUGCUCAGUUUUCCGCUCAGCCUCAUGUUAAUGGAGGUCCACUUUAUUCUCAAAAUUCAAUUUCUAUUGCUCCACCCCCUCCCCCUAUGCCUCAGUUGACUCCACAGAUACCUCUCACAGGCUUCGUGGCCAGGGUGCAGGAAAACAUUGCUGAUAGUCCAACUCCACCACCACCACCUCCACCAGAUGACAUUCCCAUGUUUGAUGACUCUCCACCUCCACCUCCACCUCCUCCAGUGGAUUAUGAAGACGAAGAGGCUGCAGUAGUUCAGUAUAAUGAUCCAUAUGCAGAUGGGGAUCCUGCCUGGGCCCCCAAGAAUUAUAUUGAGAAAGUUGUUGCAAUAUAUGAUUAUACAAAAGACAAGGAUGAUGAGCUGUCAUUUAUGGAGGGUGCAAUCAUUUAUGUUAUAAAGAAGAAUGAUGAUGGCUGGUAUGAAGGAGUCUGCAAUCGAGUGACUGGUCUGUUCCCUGGGAACUAUGUUGAAUCAAUCAUGCACUAUACUGAUUAAAUUUUUUUUGCUUUUAAAGUAGGUUCUUAUUAUUACUCAGUCAUACUGUGGGACUAUUAUGGUUAACAGAAUUGUCUUAAUAUGUUUUAAAAUGUGCCCAUAUUUUCAGGACAUGCUGUUUUAUUGGUAAAUUGAAUGUCUACCUGUAAGCAUAAAUCUUUGAGGCAGUUUAUGUAUUGCUGUUCAGCAAUUUAUACAAGAGGCUGUCUAUAACUGAUUAUGCUUACGUACUUACUUACACAUUAUUAAUGUUAUGACCAGCCUAAAUAUUCUGGGGAAGUGGGGUAUAAUAUUUAAUGAAUCAUGAUUCAGAUUGUACCAUUACAUGUUUCAGUGCAGCAUGGUUACUAACGCUAUGUCAGACUAAUAUUAAAAUCAAAAAACUUAAAUGCUGGUGCUGGUCAUACUUCGUGUUUAGAUUCUUCUCAUUUUAAAAAAAUAUUGUUUGUUUAAAGCAUGCAUAAAAUUUUAUGUAUUGAAAUAUACUUAAAAAUUCCAAGAUACUUCCAAUUUGUAUAUUUACCUAGAGUACUCAUACUUAGGUCUCUUGAAUUGAGUCUCUAAGGUCUCCAUGUGAAAGAAAACAAACAAAAAGAGGGUUAUCUGUAAUGUUGUAAUUUGUACCUAAGUUUUUUAAUGAGUGAAAUUUGCAUUAUAAAUUUUUUCCAUUCAUAAAUACAUAAGUGAACCAAAGGUUUUUGUCCUUCAUUGGUUUGCUUUAAAAAAAAAGAAAUAAAAGAUACUGAUUUAUUGUAGAAUUAUGGUUCUAUUUUCUCAAUAUAUUAACUUGGAAAAAAUUUUAGCCUUAUCUCACUCUGUCCCAACAGCAAUCAAUGUGACAGAUUUUUGCAGAUUUAAAAUCUGAGAUAGUUAUUUACAAGUCAGUCUACUGAACUCCUUUUUAAAGUGACUUUUGAAGCUAAGAAAAUGUGUCAAAAAGUGUGCACAUUCAUUCUGUAGGUAAAAUUCUUAAGGAUUGAUAAUCAGUCCUUCAGUUUUACAGUGGACUGCUGCACACUGGUUCAAUGAAAGGACAUUAUAAGUAUCUUUUACAUAUCAUAAAAGUGGAUGCAGUUAAUUUGUGAGUAGGCACUAUCUAAUCCAUUAUCUGGCACUAGCAGCCUAAGAUUUUAAAAUAAAAUAAUUGGGAAAGAAGGUGGGUUAUGUAUUAAUCAGUGAACAGAGAUAUACCUAACCAACAGAUUUGUACUGUCUUUUGACAUAAUUGAAAUGCAAUACAUGCACUUUGUGUGUCUCCUCUUAAUUUAAGGGAGGGUUAGAGGGAUGUUUUCUCUUCUUAUCUUGUGUAAAUUCUAUAUUGCUUAGGAUGUUAAAAUAGAGCACUCAAGUGUGAGUUUCUGUGUAUUGAGGAUUUGUUUGGAUUUCAAAUUAUAGUUAUGUACUGGGCGUUACAGACAUAACAGCAUAGUGAAUGGUAAGACUAGUGCAAAACAUUUAUUUCUGAAAAUUAAAGACCAUUAUUGCUACCAAAUCAAUGUGACUGUUUCAUAUGCAUUUUGCCUUUGUUAAUUUUAAACAAAGUAUCAUUAGUGAUCAGCUAGCUACCUUCUACUUUUCGUUUUUCAAGUGGAAUGUUCUCUUAAUUUGUAUAUAACCUGUUGUCUAUAUUUUAUGUACAGUCUUUUAUAAUAAACCAUUCUCCUAUCUGAAAUUUUGAAUACUGUUAACAUAUAACUAAUGUAGUCUUAAAUGCAGACUUAAUAAUUUUCUGACCUUUACUUUUGUGAAACAAGACAAACCAUUUGAAUUUUAACAUUGAUUAUUUAUUUGUGUAAUGGCUUUACAUGUGGAUAUAUUAACAGUGUAAACAAUACCACAUAUAACCAUCAAGAUACCUUGAUUAGAAUUUAUAGGACCAGAAUGACAGAUUCAGAUGAUUUAAUUACAUUUUAAAAGUUUUCUGAAAAACUUUGCCAAUAAAAAAAACUGCCCAUCAAUAAGAUUGAAAUUCUUUUUUAAAAUGAUUUUUGGUUAUCCGCACAUGAAGCAAACCAAGUGUAUUCCACAAAAUUCUGUAGGCACAGUCUGGUAAAAUAGCUGCCAGAAAGAACAGAAAGAGUUGUCAUUUAUCUCUUGUGAGUACAAUUUCAGAAAGUUGAAUGAGGGCAUCUCUUUCUGGGGAUGGUCGAAGUUUACUGAUCUCUCUUACUGCUUCAUGGCAGUACUGCUGGGCGAGGUAGGUUGUCUGUUGCACACCGUCACUCUAUGGGAUAUAGAACAAAACAGAACAGAUUGUCACUGACUGGAUCAGUUCUUGAAUUCCUGCUAUUAUGGAUUAAAACAUAUUUUUGAGAUCAGAUGAGGUGAGGGUGAGUUGCACAGUUAACAGCUACACUACAAUUCUAAUGUUCUCUUUCCAACUCAUAAUUCUAGCAUCCUUUCCCUACUUCUUUUAGGCUCUUUUCUCAGAUCAAAGUAAAUUUUUAUUCUAUUAGCAACUAACUCAUUAAAUAUCAAGUAUCCACCUAUAUCCCCCUAUUUUUUUACUUAAGUAUUAGAGUUUUUAAAAAAUUCUACAUAAAGUAUGUAUAUACAAAUUUUUAAAUAAAAAAACCUAAAGUAGAAAUGAAAAAAUAAAAAAGAACAUAUACAUAAUAAAAUGAAAGUACAGAAGGGCUUAUAAUGAAAAUGAAGUUCCUUUCUCCCAAAGGCAGCAAGAUGAGGAUUUAGCCCACCCAUACUGUGCCUCCUAAUUUGAACAUUAUAUAUUGCUGUCUUUAGUUCUUCUGUUGAUCACGUAGCAUCAACUUCUGAUUUUAUCUUGUUUAAGAUAAGGAUGCCAGUGCUCCUGUCCUUUCCUCUAACUAUACUGUUACAUUAUAGAUAUUUAUAUUCUAUUCUGUAACCAUGUUUUUAAUGUUUUUUUCUA